GAGUAAUCAUCAUGACACAUCUUCAACACCAGCAGAAGCUUCCUCUUUGGAAGCAUCUUCUCCUCUAGCCUCUGGGGCAGAGGUGCGCUCCCUCUUCGCGGGUUGGCGUUUAUUCAACACACACACACACACACACACUCGUACUUGACAGUCGGAGACCGCCGGGCACUGAACAAUGUGCCAUACGUGAAGCCGACACAGCUAGCGGUGUAGCUCAGCAGCCCGCUGAAGGAGAGCCUCGCAAGCUAGCCCGAGCUAACGCCAGCUAACCGAGGUGACCGCGGUCGGGGCGUCCAACGGCCGUCAACAGGAGCCGCCGACGAGGGGGAACUGUUGACAUCGCGCCUGCGGGACGUGUUUCAAAGUGGCACCGCGAGCUUAUCUGUAGAGUCACUUAAGUGAAAUAACAGGCAACAGACAACGAUGAGCAAAUCCUCUCUAUGGUUUCCCAUGCAUCUCUCCUGGCGUGGGAGGGUGUUGUGAGAGACGACAGAAGAAGGAAGGAGCACAAGGGGUCUAUAAAGAGAGGUCAUGAAUCUCCAUCAGGUCCUCACAGGGGCCGUCAACCCUGGGGACAAUUGUUUCUCUGUAGGAAGCGUCAACAAUGUGCCAUUCACGGCCUAUGCGUCAGGUUGCGAUGUAGUCAUCUUGGGCAGUGACUUUGAGCGACUGCAGAUCAUCCCAGGAGCCAAACACGGCAACAUUCAGGUCGGCUGUGUCGACUGCUCAGUGCAGGGUGGACAGAUUGCAGCUUCCUAUGGAAGCAUUGUGUGCGUCUUUGAGCCUGUUCAGAACCCAGAUCUAAAAGAUCCAUCUUUGACUAAGUUGAACUGUCAAUGGCAGAAGACUGGUCAGUUUGUAUUACAUUCUAUGGUACGGAACCUAGCCUGGCACCCCACAGGCAGCACUCUCUUGACAGGCUCUAGUUGCCUCCAGUUGUGGUCUCAUGUUGAUGGAGUAAAAUAUGAAGCUGAAGAAAGGGGAAAGCAGUCAGAAAUGACCAUGAGAGACUCUCAUUGUGCCUGGAGAUGCAUCUGGCAGAGCAAGACAGCCUCCCCAGUCAGUUUAAUGAAGUUCUCACCUGAUGGGGAUUUCUUUGCUACUGCUGGACAGGAUGAUUGCCUAGUAAAGGUCUGGUACAGCACCAGUAAGUGGAAGUUAGGUGUUUCCAGACUCUUCACUCCUCCAGAACCCAGUGUCAGUAUCCAGGGAGAGCUGGCCUUCUCCUUUGUCUACCUGGCCCAUCCCCGUUCCGUUACGGGUUUCUCUUGGAGGAAGACCAGCACGUACAUGCCACGAGGUGCAGUGUGUAAUGUUCUGCUCACCUGCUGUAAGGACAGCGUGUGUCGGCUCUGGGCUGAGACGCUGUUGCCGGGGGACAGCCUCCUGUCGGGUUUCCACAACAACCAUGCUUCUGGCCAGCACAGUGGCACACCCAACUCUUCUGGUCCUACUAGAAAACAUACCUGCAACGGGAAAACACAAGGAAAUGCAGUAGCGGAAUUGAAUUUUCAAGAAUCAUGGCACUCGUCCUACCAGGAUGUGCCCCAGCCCUCCCUGACUGGGUGCCUGUCCCACCACCAGAGCCGACACUUCAACCACAGGAAGAGCAGCGGCAACAUACCCCACGCCAAUGCUCUCUGCCACUUCCACAUUGCUGCCAGCAUCAACCCAGCCACAGACAUUCCUCUGCUGCCCUCAAUCUCGUCUCUGAGUGCAGCGGACGACGAGGAACCUGGAGGUCCUUUCACCGUCCACUGGCUCAACAACAAGGAGCUUCAUUUCACUUUAGCUAUGGAAGUCUUCCUGCAGCAGGUCCGAGGCAACCUGGAGCAACAAAACGAAUGCUCCCAUGAAGAGCCUGAAGAUGAGGAUAACUUUGAGGAAGAGGAUAAUGGUAGCAGACCAAAGGACCCCCAAAGACCUGAGGGCACGGGGCUUCCUCUGGCAGCAGUGGAGCACCAGGUGGACGUGCUGUUAGAGGAGUGGAAUAAAGGGGCAGACAUGUUGUUCAGUAUUCACCCCAUGGACGGCUCUCUGUUAGUCUGGAAUGUGGACUGGUUAGACGAAUACCAGCCAGGAAUGUUCAGACAAGCUCAGGUGUCGUUUGUGUCUCGUAUCCCCGUGGCAUUCCCUGCAGGCGACGCAAUCUCCCUGAGCCACAGCGUUGUUAUGUACGCCUGCAACAAGAACGUGGAUCUGGCUAUCCAACAUGGCCGACAACGGCCGCCUGGGAGCUCAUUGCCACAAACUAAAUCUGCUUUAAUAAGCUACAGGGACCAAGGAAAAGCUACGGCCAGCAAUAGUCUUCGACUAAGCAUUUUCACCCCAAACGUCCUAAUGAUCUCCAAACAUGCCGAUGGUUCCCUGAACCAGUGGGCAGUCAGUUUCGCAGAGGACUCUUCUUUCUCCACUGUGCUCAGUGUUUCUCACAAGUCACGGUACUGUGGCCACCGCUUCCACCUCAAUGACCUGGCCUGUCACUCAUUACUCCCUCUCCUCCUCACCACCUCACACCACAAUGCCUUGAGGACGCCGGAUGUAGACAGCAUUCUGGCUCCUCCAGAGGUUUCAACAUCUGUGCCCCGUGGGUCAAGGGCCAGCCGGGUGUCCUUAGGUGUGGUUUCUCAGGAUCCUAAUGCAAUCUACAGUGAGCUGAUUUUGUGGAGAGUGGAUCCCGUUGGCCCGCUGUCUUUGUCAGGCGGGGUCUCCGAGCUCGCAAGGAUCAAUUCUCUCCAUGCAUCAGCAUUUGCUAAUGUAGCCUGGUUGCCCACCCUCAUUCCCAGCAGCUGUUUAGGUGUGUACUGUAACUCCCCCAGCGCCUGCUUCGUGGCAAGUGACGGCCACUCACUCCGGCUGUAUCAGGCCGUUAUAGAAGCUAAGAAACUCCUGAGUGAGCUCUCCAACCCUGAGAUAUCAAAAUAUGUUGGGGAGGUGUUCAACAUGAUCAGUCAGCAAUCCACAGCAAAACCAGGAUGUAUUAUAGAACUGGAUGCCAUUACUGACUUUCAAGGGAAGGAGACCCAGCUCCUGCAUGUUUUUGAAGAGGAUCUGAUCCUUGGCAGUGAAAGAACAGAGAGCACACAGGACACUGCUGAUUCUCCUUGGGCUGCCUCAGGGGAGCCGACCUUCUCGGCACGUUUUUUCCUGGUGGUGGUUGAAUUAACCCCAACAGGUCGCUCACUCCUCCACAUGUGGCAUCUCCAUCUCGCUGCUCGGCCCAUCACCACGGAGGAGACCAAGACAGACAAGGAUGCCACCAGAGCGUCUCCUAUGAACAGCUCUCAGUUUGACUUUGACACAUUCACAUCUCCAGUAACUCAGAAGACACGAACCUGCACUUCCAGUCUUCAGAGUGCUUGUCGCCUCAGCCUCGAAACACACAGACUAUACAGCCAAGAGAUGGCUCUUCCAGAAGGGGUGGAAGCCAUCAGUGUUACACCCUCAGCAGGUCACCUGAGUGCUUCAUGUUCUCUACCAGCUGGCCGUGUGCCUUAUCUCCUUGCUACUUCCUGUUCUGAUGGAAAAGUGCGCUUCUGGAGGUGUAACGUUGUGGCGACAGGGUCCUCCAGUACGGACACUUUGUUGUACCAGUGGGAGGAGUGGCCACUCCUGGUGGAGGAGAGGUUUCCCAGCAGCAGCUCCGUAAGCGUACCAGGUCGCCCCGUAGAGGUCAGCUGCUGUCACACCGGACGGAUUGCGGUUGCUUACAGACAGACGCCAAAUACACCUCUGAACUCAGCAACUCAUCUGGACUCUCAUGGACUGUUGACUUCUCCUCCCACCCUGGCAUCCUCCCCCUAUAACACCAACCUGACCCCAACCCGGACUGUACAGCGCAACACAAAUCUUUCUCCAAGCCCCAACCUGGCGAACAUCAGCGAACCCCUGGUCCACAUUGACAUUUUCCAGUGUGAGUCCACUGGCGGUUCACAGUGGAUUCCAGAGCAGACCAUAGUCCUGGACGGCACAGAUCCCACUUCUAAUUCUGGUACUACUUUACCUAAUGAGAACUGUCUUGGUUCCACUAGUAAGAGCCUCGUUCAUUUGGACUGGGUGUCCCAGGAAGAUGGGUCACAUGUUCUGACAGUCGGCAUUGGAACAAAAAUCUAUAUGUACGGCCGUCUCUCAGGGAAGCCUCCAGAACUGGGCCUGUCGUCCGAUGCCACUAGAGAACAGAGCUUGUCUCGCCUAGUUCUGCUUCGAUCAGUUGAUCUGGUCUCCUCUGUUGAAGGCUCGUUACCAAUCCCGGUCUCCCUCUCCUGGGUACGAGAUGGCAUCUUGGUAGUAGGGAUGGACUGUGAGAUGCACGUCUACUCCCAGUGGCAGCCCCCAACACCACCCAGACCCAGUGCUGUCAUUGCCCAAGACACUGACAUCAGCAGCAGUGUCUCCUCCAUAAUCUCAGCUGUCAGACAGAGCCAGGAGGAGGGACUCAGUGCUGGGGCUCCAGCGUCUUUGCUAGCCCCUCCCAAAAAGACUUUGACAAGGUCGAUGAUGAGUCUUGCACAGAAACUCAGCGGGAAGAGAACGGCUUAUGACCUGCCUGUGGAGCUGGAAGAUUCUGGGCUUUUUGAAGCAGCUCACCAGCUCUUUCCCACUCUUCCCCAAUACCAUCCUGUACAGUUACUGGAGCUCAUGGAUCUCGGGAAGGUUCACCGUGCCAAAGCCAUCCUUUCUCACCUCGUAAAAUGCAUCGCUGGAGAAAUUGUGCCACUCAAAGACAGUACCACCAUCCCAGAGAGACGAGUGCGCUCUCGAACCAUCGGCGCUGGAGGCAGCACAGCGAGGGAUCCGAAGAUAUUUGACAUAGCAGAGAACUCCACCCCUGACUACACAGAGAUAAGCUCCAUCCCUCCCCUGCCACUGUAUGCCCUCCUGGCAGCUGAUGAGGAUACAUCACCAAAUCCUGAUACAGUAGGCAGUGUGAGUGGAGAUAGUCGGCAUGGAUCCACUCACACAGAUGCUUAUGACGAGCUCUUUCAUACAUCCAGCAUAGUGGAUCUGGAUCCUCUGGACAACAAUCAAGAGGAAACGGGAAACAAGGUUAUUGACCUGUCCCAGUACAGUCCCACAUACUUUGGUGCAGAACACGCCCAGGUGCUGUCCAGCCAUCUCCUUCACUCCAGUUUGCCAGGAUUAACUCGCAUGGAGCAGAUGUCUCUCAUGGCAUUGGCCGACACCAUCGCCACCACAAGCACAGACCUCAAGGGCAGCCAGGGCAAAAGCAAAGGUGGAGAGACACUGGAUGAGUGUGGUCUGAAGUUCUUGCUGGCCGUCAGAUUGCAUACCUUCCUCUCUACCUCCCUGCCUCCAGCACAUCGAGCGCAGCUGCUACGGCAAGGCCUGUCAACGUGUCAUUAUGCCUGGGCCUUCCACUCUGAAGCUGAGGAGGAGCUGUUGAACAUGCUCCCUGCCCUACAGAAGGGAGAGCCCAACUGGCCUGAACUGCGCUCCAUGGGUGUAGGCUGGUGGCUGCGCAGCACCAACAAGCUACGCAGGUGCAUUGAGAAGGUUGCCAAGGUUUCUUUUCAGAGAAGCAAUGACCCACUAGAUGCAGCUAUAUUUUACCUCGCACUAAAAAAGAAAGCAGUGGUCUGGGGAUUGUACAGGUCUCAGAAGAAUGCCAAAAUGACUGACUUCUUCCGCAACAACUUCAGUGAGGACCGGUGGAGAAAAGCAGCAUUGAAAAAUGCCUUUUCACUGUUGGGAAAGCAGCGGUUCCAGCAUGCCGCAGCAUUCUUCCUUCUAGCCGGCUCCCUCAAGGAUGCUGUUGAGGUUUGUUUGGAGAAAAUGCAGGACCUACAGCUGGCUCUUGUAAUCUCCAGAUUGUACGAGUCUGAGUUUGAAACAGCGUCCACCUAUAAAAAGAUCCUCCAGAGACAUGUUCUGGGUCAAGAUAGACAGAUUUCAGCCCAUCCAGACCCGUUCCUGCGGAGCAUGGCUCACUGGGUCCUAGAGGACUACAGCGGAGCCUUGGACACUUUACUCGAGCAACCUACCAACAGCAACAGCUCUAGGUCCACUGAGAGCAAAUGUGACACUGGUUCCUCCUCUGUGUCGACGUGCAACCCUGAGGUUUUCAACUUUUACACCUACCUCCGGACCCACCCACUUCUCCUUCGCCGCCAUUUUGGUUCUUCAGACAAGGCUAAAGUUGGCCUUACUGCUGAGGGUCGCAGGGCUGACUCCGUUAGCCUGGAUGAGAGAAGACUGUUUUUCACAGCUGCAUAUGCACACCUACAAGCUGGCUGCCCCAUGCUUGCACUUGUAAUCCUCUCCAAGAUGCCCAAAGUCCACAAACAUUCCAAAGUCCCGAAUCAGGAGGAUACAGGAAUCUCUGGUGAACUCAGUGCUGGCAGUAAGGACGGACAAGCCUCAGAUUGGUCUCAACCGUCCCUGAAUGGCUACGAGUCAGACGGGAACAGCUUAUCCGUCAGUAAAUCAGACUCAGUGUUAAGUUUUGACUGGAGCCAGCCCUCUGUGACACUCCCAGAUGAGCACCUGGAGCUAAAGUGGGACAGUGACAAGGACGAGGAAGAAGAGGAUGAGGACGAAGAAGAAAUUAAAAAUCCCAAGACUGGUAGAAUUGCAGACAGCAGCAGUGUGUUCCAGGACACACAGGAUGUCAUGUCACCGCUAAUGGGAGAGGACAGUGAGGACAGCAAUGACUUCAUCGCACCGUCUGAUGACAUCUUGGUCGCCCAGCUAAAGUUUACUGCCUGCUUGAAGAUAAUGACCAAUGAGCUCCGAACUCUGUCGACAGGGUAUGAAGUCGAUGGGGGGAAGCUACGUUACCAGCUCUACCAGUGGUUAGAAAGAGAGGUGGUGGCUCUCCAGCGUUGCUGCAGCUACAAGCCCUGCCUGCCAGAGCUGUCUGUCCUGGGUGAUGCCUCUGUGUCUGGGUCGGCGGAGGAGGAGGAACAGCCUGGAAGCCCUCGUGGUGACAGCCAGAGGAGCAGGAGACACUGGCUGCAGAGUAACCAGCCCUUGCUGCGGAUGUUUCUUAGCUACUGCAGCUUGCAUGGCUCCCACGGUGGAGGACUGGCUUCUGUACGCAUGGAGCUCAUAUUGCUGCUUCAGGAGUCUCACCAGGACAACUCCACCCAGUCAGUGGUGACAUCAAGUUCCCAACCAACCUUGAUCCCUCUUCUAAUGGCUUGCACAGCCAAUGUGAAGACAGUGGUGGCCAAUCCCAUCGUCUACCUGACCAACCUGACCCACGACAUCUUGCAGACCAUCAAUGCACUUGACUCUCCUCCCCAUCCUGAUGUCAUUAACAAUGAGAUCUAUGUGAUGCACACCUUGGCUGCUUCUUUGUCGGCCUGUAUAUAUCAGUGUCUGUGUGAUGGACACACCUACAGCCAUAUGAACCAUUUCACCGGGAUUGUUUACCAGAGUGUGUUGCUGUCUCAGAAGCAGCCAGCCAGGGCUGUCAGCGUGGAUGAGUCUGUUCAGCCCAACACGUCUCCUGCACAGUGGCCAGGUAUCGCAUCUCUGAUCCGUCUGCUGAGCUCAGCAGGUGAGGAGAGCCAGCCAGGCUUGGCGGUGCUGCUCUGCGAGAUCUUGACCGCCGUAUUCCUCAGUCUGUUUGUUCACGGCAUGGCCACCCACUCCAGCAACGAGCUGUUUCGCAUCAUGGCCCACCCUCUCAAUAGCCAGCUUUGGGUGACGGUGUUUGGAGGAGGUGCCCGGACCCCUGUCAUAGAAAAACCCAACAGCCCGACGAGAACACCCCCACUAGCCUCUCCGAGUGGCUCAGACAGAAAGUCCAGACGAUUCAGGCUUCUGUCAUCCCGCCGUGGAUCCAAAGAGGAGUCUGGGAUAGAGCGCGAGGGACCCUCCAGUCCCAAGCAUGUCCCUGUAGUGGAACAAGAAGCUGCCUCCAUCUUUAAAGAACGAUUUGUCCCUCCAGAGCUCAGCAUUUGGGAUUACUUUAUUGCCAAGCCUUUCCUGCCUCCAUCAGAAAACAGAAUUGAGUACGACUCCGAGGAGAGCCAGGGCAGUCAAGAUGAAGACGAAGAUGAAUAUGAAUAUGAAGACGUAUUCGACCCCAACUCUCCACGGCGAGAGCAUUCAAACCACAAUUCAUAUAGUUGGUGUUUGAUGCGUCUGGCAAUGGUUCAGCUGGUGUUGGUCAACCUCAAGUCAUUUUACCCAAUGGCAGGAUAUGAUCUAUUAGAUCUGCCUGUGGGCUCUCCACUGUGUCACGCUGUGCUAAAGACUUUGCAGCGCUGGGAGCAGGUGUUGCAGAAAAGACUGGAGAUCUUUGGGGGGCCGCCAUCCAAGUAUAUCUCCACACACUCACAGGAUGAAACGGCCGCACCUGGCCCCGCCCUGCUCAGACACAAGGCCCUGUUCGAACCGUCCAACACCCCAUUCAGGACUAACCACCACUCAGCGCUCCCAGUGAAACGUCUGUGGCAGUUUCUGGUCAAGCAGGAAGAAGUGCAGGAGACUUUCAUUAGAAAUAUCUUCACCAAGAUUCGGGACCCAAACGAGUCGGUUGAGGACCAGACUGACAAUAUGAAAUGUUCAGGGAUGGAGGAGACAGGAAACAAUCAGACUGGGUCAGAUCUGGGCUCCCCUGGUGGAAAGGCACGCAUCAUCCACAAGGAAUCUGACAUCAUCACAGCCUUUGCCAUCAACAAGGCAAAUCGAAAUUGUCUAGUCAUGGCCUCCACCCAUGACAUUCAGGAGCUGGAUGUGUCAUCCAUCUUGGCCACACAGAUCAUGACAUGGAUAGACGAUGAUGAGGCCGAAGCCAAAGGUGCCGCUGGUGAUGACUUCCUGGUGAUCCAUGCACGCGAUGACUUUGCCGCCCUCCACGGCACCACGCCGUACACCCACAGUAGCCCUGGUACACCCAUCAACAUGCCGUGGCUGGGAGGUGUGCAGACAGGCAGGGGCGCAGCCAUGAUGAUCAAGAGAAAUAUCAAUAAUGUGAGAAGAAUGACCUCGCAUCCCACACUGCCGUACUACCUGACGGGAGCUCAGGACGGUAGCGUGAGGAUGUUCGAGUGGGGCCACUCCCAGCAGAUCAUCUGCUUCAGAAGUCCGGGCAACUCCCGAGUCACCAGGAUACGAUUCAACCACCAGGGAAACAAGUUCGGUAUCGUAGAUGCUGAUGGGGGAUUGAGUCUCUGGCAGACCAACACGAGUGGCAAUGCACCCAAACCAUUCCUGACGUUGCACUGCCACAACAAGACGGCUCACGACUUUGUCUUCGUGGGCUCCUCCUCCCUCAUCGCCACCGCAGGACUCUCAACAGACAACAGGAACGUGUGUUUGUGGGACACUCUGGUGACGCCUGCAAACAGCCUUGUACACGCUUUCUGCUGCCACGAGUCGGGUGCUACCGUGCUGGCGAUGGCCCCGAGGCAGCAGCUGCUCAUCACGGGCGGCAGGAAGGGCUGGAUCAGUGUCCUGGAGCUGCCCCACAAGCACCAGCGCCAGAGCUUCCAGGCCCACGACUCGCCGGUCAAAGCGCUGGCCGUCGACGUGAUCGAGGACUGUUUCAUCAGCGGGUCGGCCGAGGGCAACAUCAAGGUCUGGAGCCUGGCCACGCAGUGUGUCCUCUUCGCCUUCCCCAACGAGCACGCCCGCCAGUCGCUGUUCAGGAACCUCGGCACGGGCGUCAUGCAGAUCGAGGUGGGGCCGACCAAUCACAUUUUUUCCUGCGGCGCCGACGGGACCAUGAAGAUGAGGGUCCUCCCCAACCGCUUCAGUGUCGGCGGCAACAACAACAACAACCAUGGCAACCUCAAGAACGACGUGAAAUACAUCAUAUAAACAAAAAAAAACGGAAUAAUGUGAAGUGCAUUUUAUGAUGGAGCAAAGUUCUUUAGUACCUUCAUACCUGAACAAUGGCCGUCUCAUGGGUCCAUGUUAGGGGGGAAACGAAAACCACAACAGAACAAUGACAUCAAACAUUUUAAAUGAAGAAAGACAAAAGAAAAAAACGUUGAAAUAUUCAUAGGAUUUACAGACUUGGAGAGUGAGAGUGAGUCAUCUGAUCCAGGGCACCUGUGAGUGGCCAUGCAGUGAAAUGAUCGUUUGGGAAAUGAAACCCAAACUUAUUAACGCCGACCAAACACAAAACCUCCGCGAGAGUUUCAAACUGUCGUGGGAGUCGACGAUGGGCACAGGGUAAAAGAGCGAGGGCACAUUCAGUCAGCAACAACCCCAGCUGGAGAUUCUCCGAACACCAACUGCCAUCCACCUCAGAGUCGGGCUGAAGAGCACAUGGGGGGAGGAGACGUUUUUUUUGUUGUGCACAGGAAGUGAAGCUGAAGAGUGUAAAAGCUGCAGCGUCGUUCUCCUUUAACGGCAUCACCUUCUCUUUUAGUUCAUAUUAGUGCAGAGGUCCGAGCCGGCGGAGGCUCGUUCUUGAUUCGCUUGUGCAGUGCGGCAGCGUAACAGAGGCGUGAGCACUUUUAAGGAGGUUAAACGUCUCCAGACCGUACGACGCUGAGCCUCAAGCACAUUGCAGUACAAGGACCAGUGGACAAAUCCUACGAAGCACAUUAGAUCCAGUCACAGAGACUCGCGGCACAAGUCUCGUGCCCCGAAUGACGUUUGGUUUUGUUGGGUUUUUUUAAACACAAAAGAUCCCAGCUUGGUUGGGGGGGAAAACAGUGGAGUGGAGCUUGUCACGAAUAAAAACACACCACAGGAAUUACAGUGAUGUCACAUUCAUACCACUUCAUCAUUCUGUCACGUUUUAAUUCGGCUACAUGUCAUUUUUCCAGCCCGACUUGAAAUACACAAACUUGAUUUUAUUAAAGUGGAAGAAAAAAAAUGAACACUUAAGUUUCACAUUUUUAGGAAAUAUAUAUAUAUUUUUUUUUUCCUGUCGUUUCAAUGAGAAGAUUGAUGCCGCUCAUUUAGCUUAGCUUAGCAUGAAGACUGGAAACGGCUCGCUAACCGAGCUCCGUUCUGAUGUAACAAGUAUUAAAUCAAACCGUUGCUGUUUCACAGCUGAUCCAAUGCUCCACACUAUUCCAUGGCUUUGCAGUUGCCGUAUAAUUAUUAUUUUUUUUACUUUUGCAUUUAGCAUUAAACACUUUAUGUUUAUUUUUGAACAGAUGAGAGCUUUGACCCAGUUGUAAUAACAUUCUGUUCUGCAAACACAAAGUAUCGUGUUGCCUGGGGGCUGGGCCACAACAUGAGACCUGUUUUAUUUUACAUUUUUAGCCUGUAUUUGUUUUUCACUAUCGAAAAUUUCAAUCACGCUAAAUCUGCUCCUACAGUAUCAGUUCCUGUUUGCUUUGCACCAAUUUGGAUUCACUGACAGCUAAAAUUAAUGACACAGGCAAGUGUUGGGGUCGUUACAAAGGGCAUAUUUUUCUGCGGCUUCUAAGCAGGUAUAUGGACGUUUAUUUGCAAAUUUUAUUUGCAUGUUAUUUGUAAGUUGUACCAAAUUUUUAAAAAAAAUGCGUGUGUCAUGUCUGUGUUCAGAUUUGAGUUAUGAUUGUGGUCACAAACUGCUGCAGUCGGGCACUCGUUUGAAAAAAACUAGAAUACAGUGGAACUUUUUCGCAUCCUUUAGAAAAAGCCCCGAUUAUAACAACAUCUCCCAGAUCAGUUUUUACCAACGCAGUCAAAUGAGAAAAAUACAGUAAUAAUGUGUUGCUGGCUGAGGCAUCUUUUUUCUUUUUUUUUUUACAACGUACAUGAGCGCAUCAGUCUUCUCGCCUUCUCCACCAGAAAGUGAAAUACUUUUUCCAAAAAUGUCCAAUAAUUACUUUAAUCCAACCAGUCAAAUUUUUUUAUUCGAGUUUCCGUGUGUUCUCGUAACUUUCACGGACUUUCCUGGAUGCACCACUCCUCUUUCUCCAUUUUGCACAUAAGAGUUACGCUGAAUUACAUUACGUAUUGUGAUACACAUAACUACAAGGCUGGAAGCUGAGAGCCUUUUGUAAUAAUAAUACAAUAUAUAGUACGACGUGUGUUUAUCCUGGCUUAGAUUUAAUCAGUGGUAUUAUUAUAAUUAUUAUUAAGUGUCCUUAAUCUCCAACAGCUACUUCUGCCAAGCUGGCACAGUACUAGUUACUGUUGGUCCUGAUAAUAUUCAUUAUUACUGAUAUGAAGUUGCACAAAUUAGCUUUAAUUCAAGCCUCUUGUUGGAACGGGACACCGUGAAUAAUACAAUUUUUUCUGUUGGAUAUGAAGCUUAAACAUGUAGCAGGAGAAGUUGCUGUUGGCGAUGGAAAAGUGGGUGGGGGGCAGUAAACCAGUUUUAAAGGAUUUAUAAUUUUGUCGUGGAAAUGUUUUUAUUUCAAUAACAAUGCAAUUCCUCUUUCCUCUACUUUCGAGUUUCACAUGGACCAUGAUUGAAAACCGCCUUGGAAACAAAUAUCGUUUGCCUUGUAGUAACAUUAAUUAGCUUUUUCUUGAUUUGAGUUCACUUAUCACUUUCUUUUCUUUUUUAUAUCAUCCAAAUGCAGCGCGUUGCCUUCAGCGCGUGCUCGGAAAAAACGUAAUCUCGGUUGGUGUCGGUUCAAACUUUCUCAACAGCAGUGAAGGAUUAUAAAACGUUGAACUCCCAACAGAGCCUGGUCGUGCCACUGCAGGGAAUCAAAUGUACAUGAGCUUUGAUUUCAAGGAGGAUAAACUGAGGAAAAAAAAAAACCUGGUCAGAUGAAGCUGAUUUAUUGCAGUUAUGUAUAUACAUAGACACCGUACACAAGGCUUCUCGUAUUAAACUGCAUAGUCACAACAACUAGUCGUAGAUGAACAGAGGGGUUAGGAUGACAAUAAGCUUUUCUUAUGAAGAAUAUAAGUUUAACAAAUACAGGUCUAUUUAUGAAAUAUGUGCAUAUAUAGGUUUAUCGAUUAAUUGAUCAAAGGUCAUCGUAUUUUCUGCUUUCUUGUUGAAUUUUUGUUUGUUGACAUUUCCUUCCCUUUCGAGAGCUCUUACAACAAAAUUAGGAUUUUUUGUUUUCCCCCAUAAAUCAGAGGUUGGGGAGUGAUGUGUACUUCUACAGUAACUGGAGGAUGAAAGUCAAACUUUAUCAAAGUCAAACGUGAUAUGCUCCUACAAAAACUGGAAAAUAAAAUGCUUUUUUUGCUUAUUUUUCCUCACUGCUUAAUCAGAAAGAAGCGAAUCAUCACACUCAACUUCUUCCCCUUCAAUCUUGCAAAUGUGAAUUUGAUCAGAUAAUUCUAAUUUUAUAAUGAAAAUGUGUAAAUCAAUGUAUUAUAUAAGAAAUGUACCUAUGUAAUAAAAACAAAUCUAUGUAACAUGA